AUGGAUGCCUCUAAUAAAAGCAAAAAAGUAGGCGGCACUCAGGGGAACCAACUGAAUAAUAAUAAUAUCCUUAGUACCUUUCAUCAUCAUGAUUCACCUGCAAGAUUUACAUCAACAUCUACAGUUGCCAACAUUAAAAUGUUGCCAAUAAUUUCAACAAACAUUCCUCAACAAAACGUCCCACUGUUGACUAGCAACAGCAACAACUACAGCAGCAACAACAUUUGCAACAUCAACAAAAACGUCACUCCAACAAUAAUUUUACAACCUCAAGUGAUGUCCAUGGAGAAGGGUAAAGAAGCAGUCAACACGCCAUACCUGUUGUGCUUCAUUCAACAACAGCCCAACAACAACAACAAUGUUGCAGGUAGCUUCCAACAAUUCAAACUUCUUCCUCAACAGCAGCAGCAUCAGGGAUCGUUGUUGAAGUGUCAGGACUUUCAGAGUUUGAAUCAAAAAACCUACAACAGCAACAACAUCAGCAUCAGCAAUUUCCAGAACGUGGUGAAAAUACAAAACCAAGAAAACAUCAGAUCAAAUCCUCCACAAGGCAGCAAAGAAAAGGAAUGCUUUUUCAAUGCCAGCACAUCACCAUAUGUUAGUGACAUCAUCGACAACAUCAGCAACAACAACACCAACAACAACACCAUCUCUUCUGGACAUCAUAAAAAGAAUUUCAGCUCAGAGGCAAUUAGCCUCAUCAUUAUCCUCAUUAAAAAGUGUCCAGCUAAUUCUACAUUGAUGUUGGCCAACGAUGAACACAGAGCUGAUAACAUCAACAUUCAAUAUAACAUUAAAAAUGCUGACAUUAAAGACAAGAAGACUGGCAACAUCAUCAACAGUAGCUUAAAAGCUAACAAGAUCAACAACGACAUCAUUAGCAACAACAACAGCAACAUCAGUAGCAACAACUACAACAUCAUUAGCAGCAACAACAACAUCAGUAACAACAACAACAACACCAGUAACAACAAUAGCAACAACAAUAACAUCAGCAAAAAUAUUACCUCAAUUGUUGAUCUAUAUCUCAUCAACAGCAUCAACAGCAACAACAUCAAUAAUAACAACAACAACUACAGUAAAACCGGUUUCUCUGACAUCAUUGCUGGAAGCAUCAACAAAAAUACAACAACAACAACACCACAAGAAACCUCAUUUAAUUAG